AAAAGCCAACAGCCACAAGGAAAUGCGGCUGAGGUUCGAGGAUAAUUUUGUUAACACUGUUGAACUAAUCGUGGCAUUUGCAGUUGCUGGAGCUGCCGUCAUUGGAGAUACUGUCAACGAAGUUGACAGCCUCGGAGUUUUUCUCGCCGUUGAAGUUGGCGCGCCUGGUGUUUUUGUCAUUGAAGUUGCCGUAGAAGUAGAUGCCGUCGCUGUCGUUAUUGUCGUUGAAGCUGUCGUUGCUAAAUUCGGCAGCUCUGAAGUUAUAGUCACUAAAGUAGUCAUCGUUCUAGAUGUAGUUCUUCUAGUUAUUGCUGCGUUCAAUGCAGUCAUAGCUAAAACUGGAAUAAAGGGGCAGCUGAAUGGUUUGGAACGACAAGAAGUCGUCCGUAGUCGGAUGUUUGUUGUUCGCCGCUCUGCCCUUGGCCAAGAGGGAAUUUGGGGAGAUUCCAGCCAGCAAUCCAUCUCCACAGAUGCUUUACCCAUAUAUUCUGGAAACCACCCAAGUCUACGUGUGCCACCGAUUCGCUCGGAAGAUGUAACCAACUUUCAUCCAGGAUCAACUCUGCUUAUGGCGACAGACCCUGAAAGUCGACCACUCUAUUUUGCCAAUGGAGAUUUUGCGAAAACAGUCGCCGAUAUAAUCGCCAGUCCUCGAAGAGGUAAAGCUUAUGCAAGUCAGGAUGCACUUUAUGAAAUAUCAGAUCGCCAACGGGAUUACUACACAAAAUGUUUUCGGCAUUUGAUGAAAACUACUCAGGGAACGACAAGUCUUGAAGGUGUAUUGAAUGGUGGAGAUUCACGGGUCGUAGACUUCUUCAGGCGUAGUGGUCUCGAUAACGAUUCUCUAUCCAGGAUCUGGAGCCUUUCUGAUGUUAACGAAGAUGGUUGGCUAGAUAUCAAUGAAUUCUCAACGGCGAUGCAUCUUAUUGUAUUGAGAGUGAAGACUCACUCAUCUCAUUUGAAUCUAAAAGCCUUUGUCCUUAGUACGCAAAAAAUAAUUUUAGUUUCCAUCUGUUUGCAGGGACACGUAGCGAUUCCCACAUGCUUGCCAGCAUGUAUUCGUCCUCCAUACACUCCUCCACAUAUUGCUCCUCAGAUGCAGUAUAGCCCUGCUGCAUCCGCCGCCGUUCCACGAGGUCCUCCUUCUACGGGUUCAUGGAAUCAGUUUGAUGAUGAUGGACCGCUUCGAAAUUCUGUGGCCGCUGACAAGAAGGAUGCCCAUCUGGCCGAGUUCUCCGAUGUUCCUCCGUUGCUGGUCGAUAGUCGCCCAACUGCAGUGAAACAAACCAUUCCGCUUUUGGCUUUGAAGUCUCCUUGUGGGCCGCCUCCACAACCUCCUCCCCGUCCUCAACAAAGAGGUCACACCCGAAGUGCUAGCCUGGAUAUGAUGAAGAACAUUCAACUUGCACAGACUGGAAUGUCACUUCUAUAUGGAGAUCGACGUCCUUCUGAUUCCACAGCUGUUACUCACGAUCACACUCCAAGUUUGACUAUAUCUGGUUCAAUUCCUACAGCUCCACCACCACCAGUUCCGCAAAGGGUUUCUCCUCCUGCGCCUAUUCCAAGGCGAAGCAGUGCGGCAGAAACACAAACAGAAGGGCGAUACGUGGACGUGAAGGAGAUAGAGCGAUAUAUUGCGGAAUUUGAUACUCAAAUAGCUGACCUUCUUGGAGAUGAAGUUGAUGCGGCCCUUGGAAAAGGAGUGGAAAGAUGGGCUAGAAGAUGUGAAGGCCUCAACUUAAGCGCAUAUUUUGGUUUCCGGCUGGCAAAGGAAGGCGGAACAUUGUGGUAUACAGUAAGGGUAUACAGUACAGUAAGCAACAUCAGCCAUGCUGGUCUUCGUGCACAAAAUGCUGAGCUUGAAGCGGAAAGAGCUCGAAUGGCUCAGGUCAGGAUUCAACUAGAAUUACGCCUCCAGGAGUUGGAGGAGGGCAGCUGUAAAGGACAUAAGCCAACCUCCCUAUGA